GAAACUGCCUUCUGCCGGCCGGGCUGCCUAGGCGGCGGCCUCUCUCCUCCCCUGGGUAGCUUUUGGGAGUGACACCCGCGCACAUUGAGGAGGAGGAGAGGAGGAGGAGGGGAAGAGAGAGCGCGCGCGGGGAGGGGAUUUGCGUGGCACAGCGAGAGGAGAAAGAGACUCCCCGGCUCAUCCCAACAGAAUGGCAGAGAUAGCUUUGAUGGAGAGAUUGGAAAAUGCUGUGAUUAGGCUUGAAUCAUUGUUGUCAGAUUCACGCAGGGUUGGUGGAAUGGAAUGUGGAACUGUCAAUGGCGUCAAUGGAGAUGUAGCACCAUACGUUGAAGCCUUUGAUAGACUCAUGAAGGGGAGCGUUGCUGAGUUUCUAAGGAAUAGUAAGAUCCUUGAUGGUGAUGUGAAGACGCAUGCAGAAAUGGUCCAUGGAGCUUUCCAAGCACAAAGAGCUUUUCUGCUGUUGACUUCACAGUAUCAAGAACCUCAGGAGAGUGAAGUGGCUGUUCUUCUAAAACCAGUAUCAGACAAGAUUCAGGAAAUUCAGAUGUUCAGAGAGAGGAACCGAGGAAGUAAAAUGUUUAAUCAUCUGUCAUCUGUCAGUGAAAGCAUUCCAGCUCUUGGGUGGAUAGCAAUGUCUCCUAAACCAGGGCCUUAUGUCAAGGAGAUGAAUGAUGCUGCUACAUUUUAUACUAACAGGGUAUUAAAAGACUACAAACAUAGUGAUUUGCAUCAUGUUGACUGGGUGAAAUCAUUCUUGAAUAUCUGGACAGAACUUCAGGCAUACAUCAAAGAAUAUCAUACUACUGGGCUCACCUGGAGUAAAACCGGUCCACUUGCCUCAGCAGCAUCUGGGCUGUCUACUCUAACAGGCAACCAGGUCCCUCCUCCUCCUCCACCACCACCGCCACCACCACCUCCUCCACCACCAGGACCUCCACCUGCCUUCGAUACCGAAAAUGCAAAAGAUGAUACAACUGCAACCCGCUCAGCCUUAUUUGCCCAGCUGAACCAAGGAGAAGAUAUUACCAAAGGGCUUCGCCAUGUCUCUGACGACCAGAAGACCCAUAAAAACCCCAGUCUUCGGGCCCAAGGGGCACCAAUUCGAUCUCCUACAAAAAGCCAUUCACCAAGUCCAAUAACUCCCAAGCCUCCUCAACAGAGCCACUGUCCUGUGUUAGAACUUGAAGGAAAGAAAUGGAGAGUGGAAUACCAAGAAGACAAGAAUGACCUUUUAAUUACUGACACUGAACUCAAGCAAGUAGCUUACAUUUUCAAGUGCAACAAAUCUACAUUACAAAUAAAAGGAAAAAUUAAUUCCAUUACAGUAGACAACUGCAAAAAGUUUGGCCUUGUAUUUGACAAUGUUGUGGGCAUAGUUGAAGUGAUCAAUUCCAAUGAUAUUCAGAUACAGGUACUAGGGAAAGUGCCAACCAUUUCAGUUAACAAGACUGAAGGCUGCCAUAUAUACCUGAGUGAGGAAUCACUAGACUGUGAGAUUGUGAGUGCUAAGUCAUCUGAAAUGAACAUCCUUAUCCCACAGGAUGGUGAUUACAAAGAAUUUCCGGUUCCUGAACAGUUCAAGACAUCAUGGGAUGGUUCCAAAUUGGUCACUGACCCUACAGAGAUUGUGGGUUAAUUUCCAAGGGUCACAGAAAAACCACUCUCCAAAGAAAUGCACCCUAAAGAAAGCAGCAGCAUGAAGAACUAGAAGUAGCACUGGUUUAUACAGCAGUGAUAAGCCUUCAAGCAACUACUCUAGAAACUACACUGUAUUACAUAUGGUAUUUUUUCUCCACCAAGAUCAUCUCUAUGGGCAAGGGGGGGGAGAGAUACUGAUGUACACAGCUAUGUUUGAAGAAGGCAUGAACGUUUAUUUUGCCGUGACACACAUGCUUGGAAACCACUCCGCACAGCCCCAGUACAUUUUUGUAGGCAUCCUGAUAUUCUUAAUAUGUCAACAAUUUCCCUUUGUUUGCAGAUAGAUUAUACACAUCAUGUGAAUGUAUAAAUAUUUUUAAAAUUAACCAUUCAGGUUAUUGACUAUUUCACUACAUAUAAGAAACCAAAUGUCUGCAUGAUACACUUUGUCAUGUUUCAGUGCAUUCCUUUUGUAAUGUUUUGGCUGGUUAAAACAAAUCUUAAUAUAGUAAGAUGUUCAUUUUAGAUUUGAAAUUAUUCAUGUCUCGCACAGUGAAGCUGGAUCCCAGAAAGUCUGUAGUUCUUAGAUGUCUUUGAGCUUUUGAAAGUUGCAAAGGUACAACUCCCAGCAAUACAGUUGCUAAUAGAAAAGCUAGGUUUAUUUUAGUUCAGUUACACAUUUCCUUAACCAUCAUCCAUCCCCUAUUUUUAACAAGGUGAGUUUGCUGUAAUUUUUGUUUUUGUUCAGUUCAAACAAGCACAGAUCAUUUAUAGAAAAUGUUACUUUAAACGUAAGUAAAUCUUUCUGCAUUCUACUAUGUUUUUCACUCCUCCCCUGAACCCUUACAACAUUUCCUUACUUUUGGGCAAUGUUUCUCUUUACAAACAGUAUUUAACAACACAAUCUGAAAAGGAAAAAAACCCUGAACAUUUAUUUGAUAAUGUGAGGGUCGUACUAAAUGUUAAACAUUGUUUCUCUUGGAUCUCUUAGAUGCUAAGUAUUCCCAUGUCUGGAAGGAAUCAGACCAUAAAUCGCAAUCUCUUAAAGGGGUGGCCAAUUGCUGGCCAAAAGGCCAAAACUUGCAACCCUACCAAAUAUUAAGUAAUGGUAAAAAGUUAUUUGAUGCUGUGAGACUAAGUCAUACUCAAAGUAGACCUACUGAAAUCAAUGUACUUCAUCCUGGCCAUCUCUGAGGGUGCCAGUUUUUGCAAUAAAAUACACUUCCAGGCCAGUGUCUAUGAGAGCGGCUCCUUAUAAUGCAGAAGUUGGCUAUCCUAAGUAUAGAUCUUAUUUUGUGUAUUGGGCGAGAGCAUAGUUCUGCAAUUCUUCAAAAAUGUACAUUAAGAAAAGCCACAGAUUACUUUUGAAAACAUUUUGAAGUCAGACUAAAGGGAUUGUAUUUUGAGGUAUGGGCUUGACUCCACAGACCAUAGUUUUUAGUUUUUAACACUAAUGUGAUGUUUAGUACAUGUUGUAUGAUUUCAGUACAUAGUAUUUAACGCUGAUAUGAUUUCUUAUAAUACUUUUUAACAGUGAAAUGAUGGUAAUAUGCUUGCAAAGCUAGAUCAGGAUAUAAAUUGUGCCUACUGCACCUUACAAGGUAUGUAACUUUCAUUUUUUAAAAUUAUAUUUGACUGUAAUACUGUAUAAAUACUACAACAAAUAGCACUCACAUAAUAAGAUUUUGCUCUCUGAUGUUUGAUCUAUAUGUAUAAUGUUGUGGCUUUAGCACAUGCCAUUUUUCAAUAGUAAAUCUGACAAGACUAAAAAUAAAAUUGUAACUUGUUUAAAUAUAA